AGACUACGCCCCUUUCCUGCCACCACCGCUCUGGACCCUCCACUGACGACGAUACCCAGUAUUGCUCCUGCAGGCAGCAUCCCUUGACGUAGUUCGGAAAGAUACCUUCGCAAGAAUGGCUGCUCCUGUAUUUAAAAUAAUUCCUACAACACAACAGUAUGACUGGGGCAAGCUUGGAUCCAACUCCAAGGUUGCGCAGCUCGCGGAGGCAUCUGCAGUCGCAGGAUUCCAACUGGAUGAAAAGAAGCCUUACGCAGAACUGUGGAUGGGUACGCAUCCUACAUCGCCAUCGAAGCUUUCAUCGGGCGCGACGCUUUCUUCUCUUCUGAAAGAAAAUCCUUCAUUAAUUGGCGCAAGUGUACUGUCCAGAUUCCCCGAUGCGAUUGAUGGAAACCUCCCUUUCUUAUUCAAAGUGCUUUCUAUUGAGAAAGCACUGAGCAUACAGACCCAUCCUGACAAGGAGACUGCAGAGCAGCUUCAUGCACAACUGCCUAACAUUUAUAAAGACCCCAACCACAAACCCGAGCUAGCCCUUGCUCUGACUCCAUUUCGAGCUCUCUGCGGAUUCCUACCCCUUACCGCCAUCGCCAACCAUCUCCGAAAUACCCCCGAACUCUCCGCGGUUAUUCCGCCCUUUAUCGUCGAUGCUUUUCUUGCAAUCUCCGGGUCAGACACGCCUACCGGCCCGACGGAAAAGGCAGCGUUAAAAGACCUCUUUGCAGCGUUGAUGACCGCGCAAGAAACUGCGUUCAAAGCUCAGCUAUCAGCUCUUGUAGAUCGUUAUUCCUCCAAGUCUGAUGUUGAUCAGGAGGGUGUCGAGGCGCUGGUUUUGCGACUAAAUUCACAAUUUCCCGGGGACAUUGGUAUCUUCUGCGCGUUCUUGUUGAAUUAUGUCAAUUUGCAACCAGGGGAGGCUAUCUUCUUGGGUGCCGGUGAGCCGCAUGCAUAUGUGGAUGGAGAUAUUAUCGAGUGCAUGGCCAAUUCUGAUAAUGUGAUCCGAGCCGGUUUGACGCCUAAGCUUCGAGAUAUCCCCAAUCUCGUGGCGGGCCUAACAUAUGUUUCCGCGGACGCUUCAAGACAUCGGGUGCAGCCCACGCCAUUCUCAUCAAGUCUCAGUACAUUGUAUGAUCCGCCUAUCCCAGAGUUUUCAGUUGUGCAGGUUAAAUUAGGUACUGGUGCUACCGAGUCGCACCGUGCUGUGGAGGGACCCAGUCUCGUGGUGGUGUCAGAGGGUAAAGGGGUUGUUUCAUGGGAAGACACAUCAUUAAACAUCGGUACUGGAGACGUCGUUUUUAUCGGUGCAGCAACAGAGGUUGCUUUUGCCGCUGGUUCUGGUAUCAUGCUGUAUAGAGCCCUUGUAGAAGCUAAAUAAAGGUGAACGACGUCUCAAAAGUUCAGUCCUCCGCUUUGCGAAACUCAUAAAUGUGCAUAACAAGUGUCAUACAGAUAACGACAUGUUCUCCGCAGUGCUGUACACUAACCUGUCUU